AUGGUGCCCGAAGCUCUUUGGCCCACCGUCAUUGAGAUGUGGGUGGAAUAUGGCAUCGGAAUACUGGUGCUCUUCCUACGUAUCUUCAGCCGAUGCAAGAUGGUUGGUUGGAGAUGGCAAGGCGAUGAUUAUCUCGCUGUUGCUGCCGUUAUUUUCUUUACAUUCGAGGUGAUGAUGUGCCAAAUCAUUGUUGAGAAAGGAAGCAUCACGGGAAUGACCGACGAGGUUGCCCUCGCUCUGACGCCGGAGGAGUACAAGAGUCACGAGACCGGCGCCAAGUGGCUUUUUGCUGCAUGGUACAUCUACGUCAGCUUGAUCUGGAGUUUGAAGGGGAUCAUGCUGUUCUUCUUCUCAAGAGUCACCAAAACUCUGCCCGAGGAACGUUUGGUCAAGGUGGUCUCUGUUAUCACGGUCGCCGCGUACAUUGCAACUCUCGCAGUCAUCACAGGACACUGCCGCCCAAUCCACCGCCUGUGGCAAGUGUAUCCUUAUGCAGGAGAUGACUGCACUCAGAACCGAUCGAAGUACUACGCUUUGGUUACGACCAACGUCUUCACCGAUAUUAUGAUUAUGUACAUCCCUAUCCCGUUGUUGUGGAGAUUGCAAACUACACUCAAGAGGAAACUCUCUUUCGGCCUCAUGUUCUGCGCCGGUUUCUUCAUCGUCAUUUGCACGCUUCUGCGUUGCGUCAUCUGCUUGCAGACGCCCGAGAGACUUGAUUUGGGACUUAACUGGUCCAUUCGUGAAACCGUCAUCGGUAUCAUCUGCACGAACGCCCCGUCAAUCAAGCCCCUCUUCCCCAGCCGUCAUAAGGGCUCGACCGCGAACAGCCACACUCCUACCGGCCUGGUAACAUUCGGCGGCACGGGCUCAAACCCAAAGCGAUCGCGUUUGAGGGAGGACUCGGAAAGAAUUCCCGAUGAUGGCUCCGUCGGAAGCCAGGAACACAUUGUGAAGCCGAAGGGCGGAAACCAGACUGCGGCGUACGCCGACAACCGCAGUGACGACCGUAGCUUUGAGGAUCCUGGACGCUAUCAGGGUGGCAUCCAGGUCAAGAGCGAGUACAAGGUUGACUUCAGGUAG